UUUUAAGGAAGAGAAUACCAAAGUUGAGCAAAGUCUGCUCCACCUCCCACAGCUGCCACAGCUACCCCAUCCACAGUAGCAGGUUUCAUUUUUUUUUUCUCCUCCGCUCUCUCUCGCAGUCACUCUCUCACACACAUUCACACCUCCCUCACUUCAGGCAGAGGACAGAAGACAGGACCAAGAGCUGACACACACCUUUCCCAAUAUUUACUCACCUAGCCUUCAUCAUGUCGCCCAACAUGUGGAUUCUCCUCUUGGGGUUCUCCUUUGGAUAUCUGGCCUCCUGCAGGUCGGAGCAACUUAAAGUGAAUUCCCGCAGCUGCAGCUUUGCCGGCGUAUUCUUGGCGGAGGGAAGAAGCCGUCACACUCUCACCCAAGCGAUGGCCCAAGCGUUAUGUGAGCAGCUCGGCACCACGCUUGCUACUGAGGCACAAGUCUACGCGGCCCAUAAUAAGAGCAUGGAGACCUGCAGGAACGGCUGGAUCAGCAACGGGAGCAUCGCCAUCCUCAGACAAAUAGAGCACGAGAACUGUGCGAUGAACAAGACGGGGGUCAUAAUUCAUCAACGGCAUAAUCCAGAUGAACUGUGUGAUGCCCUGUGUUACGAUGACGCAGCUGGACCAGAGAAGAACUGCACGCAGGUUAUCCUCGCUCAAGACGACAGUGCAGAUUUAGAGCUCUAUCAGAACAACCAAACAGAUGCCACUGAAGACCCCACUCUCAUCCCCGGAGAGGACUCGGCCACCCCUUCAGUCACCCCCUCCGAUUCUGACCCAACUAGCAAGAAGCCAGAGGGUGUGUUCACUGGAAACCCUGCCAAUGCGACUUUGAUGCCGGAUGUCUUCGAUCAGCCUGCUGGAUCUGGGAUGCAGCCUGCAGGCUCUGAGGAGGACACCCACGACCUCACGACCCUCACCACGAAGAUCCAUCCGACGCAGUCGGCGUCAGACAAGACAGCGGUGGAUGACAAUGUGAUGCUUGACACAAAUGAAAAUGCAGCACUCAUUCCCAAUGGCCGUAAGACUGUUGAGCCAAAACCUGAGGAGCGCGAGAGCAGUCAGUCAUCGAACUGGCUGGUCAUCUUUCUGACUAUCAUUGGAGUCGCGGCAGUUCUGCUGGUCUGUGUCGCUGUCGCCAAAAGAAAAAGCUGGUUUGGAAGGAAGCAAACGCUCAUGAUCACCAAGGAAGGCGGCGAGGGGAACGGAGCGGCCGCUUUGGCGUCUAGCUCCAACGCUCAGGAGAGGGAGCAGGAGAUGGUCACCCUGAUGAACAAGGAGAAAAUCCAGGAGAACGGCAACACGGAGGAGUUCACCGUGAUCACGCUAGAGGAGUCGCCGGACAAAGAGCCGGUGGCGUGAGAGCGAAUAAGUCAAGCUGAGGAUGGGAGGCGGGGUGGCACCUUCAGAUAUUGUUGGUCAACACUGGAUGUAUAUUUAGAGAACGUUUUUAACACGCACGUAUUCGGGCUAUUGAAGAUCAGUACAUUUCGGGGGCAUUCCAGCGACAACAACGGAAGAAUGUAAGGCGGAUUUAUGAUAAGCAAAACAACUUUUCAUUUCUAUACCAAAUGGUUUCCUUGUUAAAACAUCGGAUCUUCACUCGCCCCAAUAUGCUGUUGCGUGCCUUUGACUGUAGGAGCAUCUCGGAUGGUCUUGAGAGGGGACCGGGGAGGGGGCUGGUAUAUGCAUGCGUACAUUGGCGGGUGUGAAUAUUUUGUGUGCCAGUUGCAUUGUGUUGUGUACAUUGUUGAGGAAAGAUGGGUCUAAUUUAAUCAGAAAACAAAGACGCCGACAAGGCUGAUAAUCAUUCUGUGAAAAUGAAAUAGACUGAAUAGUUGUGGGCCUUUUUUUUUUUUUUCUUUGCUUUGUUUUCAAAUUUCUAAAGUGUCAUGUGCUUUUAUUUUGGCAACAUGUCAGCCGUUACCUGUGGACUGCAGCUUUUGUUUGGCGAGAAAACUGGGAAUUAAUUUAUGUAGCUUCAGCUCCCGUUUUUCUUGGCGUGUGUGUAUGUAUAUAUAUAUAUAUAUAUUAAAUCAUGUUUUGCAGAUGCCUUAGCAAUAGCUGCCAGUGAUUGUUUUUUUGAUAGCUUUGAAACCCCUUUUUUAAGAAAGGACUGUGCCAAUUUUUGGGGUGGGGGAGGUGUUCAUAAUGAUGUCCCUGACGUUAUCCUGAGGAUAAGUAGGCUGAGAAUUAUAAUAUUAACUUGCUAUAUACACAGUGUGUACAGAAUUUGGAGAUUUAAAAGUAAAUAAUUGAAAAGGAUCUAUUGUAGAUUUCAAAAACCGGACUGGUGAAAUCAAAAUAUUCCUCCUAAAUAUUCAACCACAUGCUGCAGUUUUCUACUUUCUAAACCAUCAUUUCCACAUUCCUUGUGCAACAGUGCUUUUCCUUUUUUUCAGGUAAACUUUGAAUAGUCCAAAUACAUUUCUUACUGUUUUUCCAGUUUCCGCUUUUGCUCUUUAUAUGAUUCAUAGACAAGAUAAGUAGCGAAACUUCUCGUGUAGUUUUAUUAGAAAUUUACAACCGUUGAACAAGUUUGUAAAGCUCCCUGUUGAAUUUAAUAAAUGUAUA